CUGGCGCGUCUGUGGCGGCUGCGACUCAGCUUGAGCUUGUGCCCCGACAGUCAUCUCUUUCGACUCUCACACCAUGGAUAUCGACAUCAUAGACGAAAACGAGCAGCAAUACGAGUCAGUAAAGGUAGCUGGAAAGCGGCCUGCAACUCUGCCGGCGGACGAUGUGCAUCCAUUCGACCUCGAGAUAAUCAGUUCAGGGUACUCGGGGCGAUCUGCUGUCGAGCGGUACAUACAAGUCAUCUCCCUAUGUCCAGCCUUGGCCUUGCAAGCCUUCCGCGCCGCGCUUGAUCUGGUGCUCCAGAUGAACGACACAACCCUGUACCGCACUCUCAUAACCACCUACGAGCAGACUGCAGUCACUUCCAGCGGCGAAAUUCCGCCCAUCUCCGAUGUCCACAAUCUCAACCAAGAGUGGCUGGAUGAGACGACGCAGAAGAAUCAGGUGCUGCGCAUCAGACUGGAUACCGAGCUCAAGACAUACUCGAGUAACAUGAUCAAAGAAAGUAUCCGGAUGGCAUACCGGGAUCUAGGUGAUUUCUAUCGGAACUCUGGGGACCACGCCGCUGCGCUGAAGCACUACACGAAGUCGCGUGAGUACUGUACGACGAGCCAGCAUGUCCUUGAAAUGUGUCUCUCGGUCCUCGAGCUCCUCAUCGAGCACCGGAACUACGCACACAUGUCUACAUACGUAUUCAAAGCCGACGCCGCACUGGACGCCACUUCAAGUGCCGCGCGCGCCCCAGGUCCCGGUCCCACCGCACCCGCUUCAGCCGCCACAGGCAAAGACAAGGGCGCAGCGGAGCGGGAGAAGGUGCAGAGCAAGCUCGACGUCAGUAUCGCACUGUCCUACCUCGGCCAAGGGAACUACGAGAAGGCCGCCCAAGCCUUCCUCAAGGUUGGCUCCGUCAAGUCUCUAGGCGACUGGGCCGGCAGGCUCAUGGCGGCGGGCGACGUCGCGAUCUACACGACGCUCUGCGCGCUGUCGACGUUCACCCGGCAGCAGAUCCGCACGCAGAUCCUCGACAACGACAACUUCGGCGUGUACAUCGAGCAGGAGCCGUACGUGCGCGAGCUGCUCGAGUCCUACAUGGGCAACCGCUUCAAGCUCAUGCUCGAGAUCCUCGAACGCUACUCCACGCGCCACACGCUCGACGUGCACCUCACGAACCACAUGGCGAACCUGACGAACCUCAUCCGGAGCCGCGCGCUCGUGCAGUACUUCCAACCCUUCGCGUCGAUUAAGCUAGAGCGCAUGAGUACCGCGUUCGGCUGGACCGUCCAGGAGCUCGAGCGUCAGGUCGUCGCGCUCAUCCAGGCGGGCGAUAUCCAGGCGCGUGUUGACAGGCAGAACAAGAUACUGAAGGCGAAGGAAACGGACCAGCGCAGUGCGUUGUUUGCGCGCGCGAUUAGCUCCGGCGAGACCAUGCAGGUCGCGAACCGCAAGCUGCUGCUCCGCAUGAGGCUGCAACAAGCGGACUUGAUCGUGAAGGCCCCGCGUGGCCAGAUGACGAGCCAUCCCAACGACCUUCUGCUCUCCGACAUCUACGGCUAGCAAGCCGUGUUAAACAUGCACCUAUUGUCACUGUACCAAUAUCACGCGUCAUUCCCAGUCUGCGGUGUUUACUUGCCUUGUAUCAAUGGAUGAACAAUAUUGCUUGCACUGAACGUGAACUCCAUUGCAUGGCUCACAAAGGCUCGGACCAUGAUGAGGCAUACAACAGUGAUGUGUUCCGUGACUGCAAGCAAUAAGCAGA